CAGCACUGCUCCGUGUAGCCGCUGAUCAGCAGCUAACGCUGUCAGAGUUCAGCAGUUCAGUCACAACAUGUAACUUAUGCUGCUCCGUUUCUGCGCUCAGACACCGAUAUACUCUCUAAAACAUGGCUGCGUGUGGAGGAGCCCCGUGGUGUCGGUGCCCCGUGUAGCCGGGCCGGGUGUGCAGCUGUAGCCGAGGGGGGGGAUCGUGCAGAUAAACGGCUGAAGUUCCCGGAGGGAGAUGGCUCCUGCUAAGCCGCCCGGGCCGCCCGGGCCGCCGCUGCCCCGCCGGGGACAUGCCGCUGUCUGAGCCGGGACCCGCACCGUGAGCACACCGCGGUGGUUAGGGGGGCGACUCUGGGAGCUGGUCCUGCCCAGGGCUGACCCGGGCCGGCUGGAGCUAGCAGCAGCUACCGAGCUGCAACACGAUGGCCUCCCUGCCAGCCAUGGACAAUGUUACUGACUCAUGCUCUGUAGUGCACCAGAAUGGCACCGCCCAUCGGGAAUCUCCAGACACAAGACCAGCUGCUGCCGUGCUGAGGAUCCAUUUCUAUCACAGCAGCCAGGGAGCGGCGGACUGCAGCCUUCUCAGCUACCCGCCCGGGCACUAUGUGGCCGAGGAGUUGUGUAUAGAUGCGGCCAAGGCGUGCAGUAUAUCACCGCUGUACUGCAACCUUUUCAGCCUCUUCCGAGAGCGAGACUGCUUGUGGUUUUCACCCAACCACAUCUUCCAGCUUGAUGAUUCAGCUUCUGAAGAUGUGUUUUUCAGAAUACGAUUUUACUUCCCUGGCUGGUACAGUAAUGGAGCAUCCAGGGCUUAUCGAUACGGCGUAAAAAAGGGGUCAGAAAGUCCAGCCCUUGAUGAUUCAGUAAUGUCCUACCUCUUCUCUCAGUGGAGAAAUGACUUUGUGAAUGGCUUGGUGAAGAUUUCCAACUCCCAUGAGACCCAGGAGGAGUGCCUUGGUAUGGCUGUGCUAGACAUGACUAGAACGGCCAAGGAGAGACAGAUCUCACCUCUGGACAUCUACCACACUGUCAGUUAUAAAUCCUUCUUGCCAAAGGAAAUGAGAGCUCAGAUCCAGGACUGCAACUUCUUGACACGCAAGCGAAUCCGUUUCCGCUUUAAGCGCUUCAUCCAGCAGUUCAGCCAGUGUCGAACCACGGUCCGUGAUCUCAAGCUGAAGUACCUGAUCAGUAUUGAGCUGCUGGAGAAAGCCUUCUACACAGAGACGUUCCAGGUCAGAGACCCUUCCAGCGGGCCGGUCAUCAUCCUGGUCACGGCAGACACUGGGAUACAGUGGUGUCGGGAGAAACAGAAAGAUUCUGAAGAGGAGCUGCAGAGCUUGUGCGACUUCCCCGACGUUACUGACAUCAGCAUCAAGCAGGCCAGCAAAGAGGCUGCUGCCGAGAGCCGGAUGGUCACUAUCAAUAAGCAGGAUGGAAAGAACCUGGAGCUUGAGUUCCCCAGCCUGCCCGAAGCCCUCUCCUUUGUUUCCCUCAUUGAUGGUUAUUAUAGACUGACUACAGAUGCACAUCACUACCUUUGUAAAGAAGUGGCCCCUCCAAGGCUUGUGGAAACCAUAUCUUCUCAUUGCCAUGGCCCCAUAUCGAUGGAGUUUGCUAUCAACCGGCUUCAGAAGAGUGGGAACAAGCGUGGGCUAUACAUUUUAAGAUGUAGCCCGAAAGACUUCGACAAGUACUUUCUGACUUUCCCAGUUGAGGUUUUUGAUUCAGUAGAUUACAAGCAUUGCCAGAUAACCAGGUCCACCACUGGAGAGUACAAUCUCAGUGGGACCAAAAGAAGCUUCAGGACCCUCCCGGAGCUGCUAAGCUGCUACCAAAAAGAAACCGUGCGCUCAGACAGCAUCAUUUUCCAGUUCAGCAAAUGCUGUCCGCCACAGUCCAAAGAAAAGUCCUGUCUCCUCGUGUGCAGGAGCAACAAGGGCUCAGAAGUGCCUUUGUCUCCAUCACUACAGCGACACAUCAGUCAAAUGGUGUUUCACAAGAUCAAGAAGGAUGAUCUGGAAUUUAUGGAGAGUCUUGGUCAAGGGACAUUUACAAAGAUCUUCAAAGGGGUCCGAAAAGAGCUUGGAGACUAUGGAUGUAUGCACCAAACGGAAGUUGUCAUGAAGGUUUUGGACAUGCCCCACAGGAAUUACUCUGAGUCUUUCUUUGAAGCAGCCAGCAUGAUGAGCCAGUUGUCCCACAAGCACCUGAUCCUGAACUAUGGCGUGUGUGUCUGUGGAGAAGAGAGCAUCAUGGUGCAGGAGUACGUGAAGUUCGGCUCACUAGAUACCUACCUAAAGAAGAACAAGAACUCCAUUAACAUUCUGUGGAAGCUUGAAGUGGCGAAGCAGCUGGCCUGGGCCAUGAACUUCCUGGAGGAAAAGCAUCUUGUCCAUGGAAAUGUGUGUGCUAAGAACAUCCUGCUGAUCAGAGAAGCGGACCAGAGGGCUGGGAACCCGCCUUUCAUCAAACUCAGUGACCCGGGGAUCAGCAUCACCGUUCUGCCCAAAGAAAUACUGAUUGAGAGGAUCCCCUGGGUGCCUCCUGAAUACAUCAGGGAACCCAUCAAACUGAGCCUGGCUGCAGACAAGUGGAGCUUUGGCACAACGCUGUGGGAAAUCUGCAGUGGGGGGGAGAAACCUCUCUCCACACUGGACAACUCCAAGAAAGUCCUGUUCUACGAGGAUCACCACCACCUUCCUGCCCCGAAGUGGACCGAGCUGGCCAAUCUGAUCGCUAACUGCAUGGACUACGAGCCGGCGUUCAGGCCCACGUUCCGAGCAGUUAUCCGGGACCUGCACAGCCUCUUCACCCCAGACUAUGAGUUGAUCGUGGACAGUGACAUCCUGCCCAACAGGACGGUGGGCUCGGGCUGGGCCACGGGGGGCUUUGAGAACCAGGAGCCCGCUCAGUUUGAAGAGAGGCAUCUUAUAUUCUUACAGCUGCUGGGCAAGGGUAAUUUUGGCAGCGUGGAGAUGUGCCGUUACGAUCCCCUUCAGGACAACACAGGGGAAGUGGUGGCGGUGAAAAAGCUCCAGCACAGCACUGCAGAACACAUACGGGACUUUGAGCGGGAGAUCGAGAUCCUAAAGUCUCUCCAGCACGACAACAUCGUCAAGUACAAAGGCGUCUGUUACAGCGCAGGUCGGCGAAACCUCCGUCUCAUCAUGGAAUAUCUUCCCUUCGGCAGUCUGCGAGAUUACCUCAUGAAAAACAAGGACAGGAUGGACCACAAAAAGCUUGUCCAUUACGCUUCUCAGAUCUGCAAGGGCAUGGAGUACCUGUCCAGCAAGCGCUACAUCCACAGAGACCUGGCCACGAGAAACAUUCUGGUUGAGAGUGAGCUGAGAGUGAAGAUCGGGGACUUUGGCCUCACCAAAGUCCUGCCCCAGGACAAGGAGUACUACAUGGUCAAAGAGCCCGGAGAGAGCCCCAUUUUCUGGUACGCCCCCGAGUCGCUGACUGAGAGCAAGUUCUCCGUGGCGUCGGAUGUCUGGAGUUUCGGAGUGGUCCUUUAUGAGCUCUUCAACCACAGCGACAAGAACUGUAGUCCUCCCGCAGUUUUCAUGUCAAUGAUGGGCAACGACAAGCAGGGCCAGCUGAUCGUCUACCACCUCAUCGAGCUGCUGAAGUCGGGCAGCCGGCUGCCUCAGCCGCUGGGUUGUCCUCCUGAGAUCCAUGAGAUCAUGGAGGAGUGUUGGGAUAAAGACCCUGCCUUGCGUCCUUUAUUCAAGGAGCUGUCUCUGCGCAUCGACCUGUUCAGGGACAGCAAGGAGUUUUGAAAUCACCCCAAGUGCCCUGCUCCCCCCCAAGACGCUCGCCGUGCCGCGGCGCCGCCGCCGCCGCCGCCCGGGCCGUGGCCGCGAGGCCCCGCUCCCGCCGGCCGUCAGCGUGUGACAAAGCAGUGGAACCGGACGAGUCGGGGAGUUGACCCGCUCCAAAAUAAACUGCUGUCCAGGUGCCUUUAAGCAAGGCGCUUUUCUUUCGUGGAGCAGCCUGGUGGGCUGGAAAUGUUUAGGUGGUGAAAGGAACUGUUGAACUUGAUGUUGUUGAAGCGUUUGUGGAGAAUGUGACAAGACUCUUGCCAGAUCUGAAGCUAAAGAUGCUUGUGAUGAACAAGUUGUGUGUGUGUGAGUGUGUGUGCGCGUGUGUGUGUGUGUUGUCCAUACAGACAGCUAGCUGGCCUAGCCCAUGUCAUCCUUUUCUGCUGUCACCCAAGAAGCCGACAGUCCAGCAGUUUCUAUGUUUAACUGUAUUGCCACAGUAUAUUUGUGUACAUAUGUCCAGAAAAAAAAGUAUAAUUUUAUAAGGUUAUGAUAACUACUAUAUUUUGAAUGUAAGCAAGAUGUCUUUGUAAAUUAAGUGCAUACAAAAGCGAUUUUAAAAAAAUAUUGUCAUUGUUUAUGUUUUCAGUGGAAGAGAUGGUGUGAAAAUGAUAAAAAAGAACAUAUCUGUGAUGUCAA